AUGGCGACCCAAACACAGACAACGACCGCUGCUCCCGCGCAAUCACUGUUCCAGACAGCUCCCUACAUCCCACCAGAUGCCAUCUUUGCCCUGACUGCCGACUAUCUGGCAGAUCCAUCCCCGAAGAAGGUCAAUCUCGGCCAAGGAACAUACCGCGAUAGUAACGGCCAGCCGUGGGUAUUGCCGUCCGUGCGGAAGAGCCGCCAAAUUCUGCAAGACCAGCAAUUGAAUCAUGAAUAUUUGCCCAUCCUCGGCCACGCUGGAUUCAGAAAGGCUGCUGCAAAGCUGGUCCUUGGAAAUUCGCUCUAUCAACCUCUAGAGAAAAAGAUUGCCAGUUGCCAGAGUCUCUCAGGAACGGGUGCGCUUCAUCUGGCGGGCUUGUUACUGCGGUACUGUCGAGGCACAUCCGAAACUCCCACAGUGUACAUUCCCACACCGACAUGGUCAAAUCAUUUCCAGGUCUACUCUUCGCUUGGGUUCAAAUGUCAGCCCUUUAAAUACUACGACUCGGACCGAAAGGGUCUCGACUUUGAAUCGUACAUUUCCGCAUUAAAAUCAGCUGAGCCGAACUCAAUCGUGAUCCUGCAUGCAUGUGCUCAUAACCCUACCGGUUGCGAUCCCAGCCAGGAGCAAUGGCGGGAAAUCGGCGCAACCAUGAAAGAGAGACAAUUGUUCCCUCUCUUUGAUGCCGCAUAUCUUGGAUUCAACUCUGGAAAUGUCGACAAUGAUGCGUUUGCCAUUCGGUACUUUGUGCAAGAAUUGAAAAUGGAGAUUGGACUAUGUCUUUCUUUUGCAAAGAAUAUGGGACUAUACGGUGAGCGUGUUGGGUGCUGUUUCGUCGUCACGGAAACAGAAUCCGCAGCCAAGAAUACCCAGUCUGUUCUCGAGAUGCUGCAGCGGUCAGAAAUCUCGAAUCCUCCGGCCUAUGGUGCCAAGAUUGUGACUACAAUCCUCGAGGACGAAGAAUUGACGCAAUUAUGGUUCCAAGACCUCAUCACGAUGAGCUCACGCAUCCGGUCAAUGCGAGAGGCACUCUACAAUCACUUGAAUACCCAUAAAGCGGCUGGCACAUGGGAGCAUCUCAUUCAGCAGUCAGGCAUGUUUGGAUUCUUGGGCCUGUCGCCAGAAGUUGUUCGCACGCUCAAAGAGCAAUAUCACAUCUACAUGGCUGAUAAUUCCCGCAUUUCUAUUGCCGGUUUGAAUCCCAGCAAUGUCGAAUACGUCGCUCAGUCGAUUGCAGAAUGCCUGAAAUGAAUCGGGUGUUACGAAUUUUGAGCUUAAUGAAUAUUCAGAGGGUAUAACCUUGGAGAAGGAAUGAGUCGAUGACAUUUUGCAAGUAUUAGAAGUGUCAGGCUCUUAGACCAUGUGCACUACCAAGAUAUAAUUGAAUGAUGACGAUGAUGAUGUUUUAAGCACACUAUGAGACU